UUAUAUUGACGAGGCCUUGCAUUAUUGGCCGGAGAGUGCAAUAUUACAAAUAAAACAUGGACUCCAUUGUUGGAGGAAGAUCAAAACUCCACGCAGUAAUUACGCCAUUUCCAGCUCAAGGCCAUCUAAACUCCUUCCUGAAAUUAGCCAAAGUUCUUCAUUCUAAAGGCUUUCACAUAACAUUUUUGAACACUGAGUACAAUCAUAGACGCUUGCUAAACUCAAGGGGUUGUAAAGUUCUUUCUAGCCUCCCUGAUUUUUGCUUCGAAACCAUUCCUGAUGGGCUUCCUCCGACAGAUUCUAAUGUUACCCAACACCUACCUUCCCUUUGUGAAUCAAUCAAAAAGAACUGUCUCCUCCAUUUUACAAAGCUUCUUGUGAAGCUUCAUGAUCUUGGCCCCCUAGUUACUUGCUUGAUUUCUGAUAUUGGUAUGACGUUUACAGUACGAGCUGCUCAAGAAUUUGGAAUUCCUAUUGCUAUUUACAGCCCUAUCAGUGCUGCUUCCUUUUUGGGUCUUUGGCACGGUGGUACUCUCCUUAAUAAGGGUGUCAUCCCCUUGAAAGAUGAGAGUUAUCUCACAAAUGGGUACUUGGAUAUGGAACUAAAUUGGCUUCCAGGCAUGAAAAACAUGAGAUUAAGGGACCUUCCUAGUUUUUUUAGCACACUGGAUCAAGAUGACUACUACAUGCUAAAUCAUUGUAUCAAUGAAUUACAAGCUGCUCAAGCAGCUCAAGCCAUAAUUUGUAACACAUUUAGUGAGUUGGAGAAUGACACACUAGAAACUCUAUCUUCUAUGUUCCCUCCAUUUUACCCCAUAGGUCCUAUCCCUUUGCUUCUCUCUCAAAGUCUACAAAAGCAUGAGUUGGACUCCAUUGGCUCCAAUCUUUGGAAAGAAGAGGAUGAAUGCAUCAAUUGGCUCAAUUCCAAGAAACCCAAAUCCGUAGUUUAUGUGAAUUAUGGAAGCAUCACAAUUAUGUCCUCAGAGAAGUUGUACGAGUUUGCCUGGGGUUUAGCUAAUAGCAAGAAACCAUUCUUGUGGAUCAUAAGACCUGACCUUGUAAAUGGCGAGUCAGUGAUUCUAUCUCCCAAGUUUUUGAAUGAGACCAAAGAUAGAGGCUUCAUAGCAAGUAGGUGUGAACAAGAGAAAGUGUUGAACCACCCUUCAAUCGGAGGAUUUUUGACCCAUUGUGGAUGGAACUCCAUGACGGAAAGUUUGUGUGCUGGGGUUCCAAUGCUUUGUUGGCCCUUUUACGGUGAUCAACAAACUAAUUGUCAUUAUACUUGCACAGAAUGGGGCAUUGGGCUUGAGAUUGAUUGUAACGUCAAGAGGGAAGUUGUAGAUAGGCUUAUAAACGAGCUGAUCGAUGGGGAAAAGGGGAAGGAAGUGAGACAAAAGAUCUUGGAGUGGCAGAAUACUGCAAAAGCCGCAACUAAUGCUGGUGGUUCUUCUUACAUCAACUUGGACAAAUUGAUUCAGCAAUUGUUGGUGGAAAAAAAUAUAAAUUGAAUAUUGUGCCUCGUACGUACAUGGAAUAUUUCAUUUCUUUGGCUCCUGGAAGGUGGAAAUGAAGCUAGUGUUUUGUAAAUGGAACAAGGAUCUUUAACUAGGCUUAUAUGUUCUUUGUUGCAACCAUCUUAGUGGCGUGAUAAGAACCAGCAUAAAUUUGGUUCAUUACCCAAGGGAUAACACACACACAUACACACAUAAAUAUCUUUCCAAAUAAAGCUUAGCUUGACUUGUCCUUAUUACAUUGAUUA